UGUAUGACUAUAAAAUGUCUACGAACCUUCCAUAAAUUUCAUUGACUUUUCAAUAUUUUUCCUGGUGAUCGUUUCAUUUUCAUUCUCCUUCUCUUGUUUAUAUACGCUGAGCUGUGAGCUCUCUUUUUCUUCGCCGGUCUUUCUCAAGGAUGAGUUAAAGCCACUUUGGGUGGGUUUAUCACGGAUUUGUUCAAAAGGAACCUCCUUUGACAGUUGGACUAAAAGCAUAGUUUUAGAGAAGAAAAAAGAAUGAAGAAGAAGAUGAAAUUGAGAUUUCGAAAGCUUUAGUUUUGGUUUUGGUGCAAUCAUUGCCGUGGAAGCUGGGUUAAAGCGAGAGGAUCAGAAUCUUUUAUGUCAAAUUCCUUUUGGAUGUUUUGAUCUGUCACACUCUCAUACAAGUAAGCUCGUUUGGGGGGUAAUUAUCAAUCUGAAGUUUUUUGUUCAAAUGGCUGCUAUUCAAGAGAGGUUUCCAGUCUCUUCUUCGUCUUCAUCUUCGUCAUCAUCAUCCUCACCAUCCUCCUCCCUUUCGCUAUCAACAGUGCCUAUAGAUGGAGAAUUGUGGAUGAUUGCUGAGGAAAGGGUUCAGGAGAUACUAUGUGUCAUCCAACCAAUCUAUCUUUCAGACAGAAGUAGGAAUGAAAUCAUUGUUUAUAUCCAGAAUCUUAUCAAGGAUCGUCUUGGAAUUGAGGUCUUUUUAUUUGGUUCGGUGCCACUAAAAACCUAUCUCCCAGAUGGAGAUAUUGAUCUGACAGUCCUAACUCCUCAAGAUACGGAGGAGGACUUGGCUGAAGCAUUGUGUAGUAUGCUUAGAGCUGAAGGGGGAGCAUCCGAUUUCCAAGUAACUGGUGUUCAGUAUAUCCAAGCACAGGUCAAGGUCAUCAAAUUCAAUAUCAAGAACAUUGCUGUGGAUAUCUCCUUUAAUCAAAUGGCGGGACUAUGCGCUUUAUGUUUUCUGGAGCAGGUUGACCAAAAUUUUGGAAGAGACCAUCUGUUCAAACGUAGCAUCAUUUUGAUUAAGGCCUGGUGCUAUUAUGAAAGCCGUCUUCUUGGUGCCAACACUGGUUUGAUCUCAACAUAUGCAUUGGCAGUACUCGUCUUGUACAUCAUCAACAGUUCUUAUUCAUCAUUGUCUGGCCCUUUAGCAGUACUGUUCAAGUUCUUGGAUUACUAUGCAUCAUUUGAUUGGGAAAAUUACUGCAUCACGGUCACUGGUCCGGUCCCGAUAUCAUCUCUUCCAGAUAUUACGGGAACCGGAGAUCAUGAAGUAGUCCUAAAUGAGAAGUUCUUCAGAGAAUGCGUGGAGUCAUUUUCGGUUCAACCUAAAGUUGUCGAAGCCAACAGGCAGAUAUUUCCUGUAAAACAUUUCAACAUACUGGAUCCUCUGAAACACAGUAACAACCUUGGACGUAGUGUGUCACAAGGAAAUGUCCCACGUCUAAGACAUGCUUUUACUCUGGGAGUUCAAAGGCUAAGAGAUAUACUUUCAGUACCUGGAGAAACCAUGGGUUGGAAACUGGAGAAGUUCUUUCGCAAUACAUUGGAUAGGAACGGUAAGGGACAGAGACAAGACGUAGUAGAACCUCUCAUCGCUUUUGGCACUGGAAGAACAGAAUUAUCUGAUCUUAGAGGAGAUUUUGAAGGAUACUUCAGGAGUCUUGUAUACGGUAAGUGGUUUCACGGUGAGAUUCAGUAUAGCUGGAUCCCUCAGGGUGAAGAAACGAGUUCUUGGGACGUCGCCAGUUGGUCUGUGAACGAUCAAAAGAAUAUUCUAUAUUGGACGAAUCCGGAUGGUUCAACGUCGAUGCAGAACAUGCAGAAAUCAAGAGGAACGGGCACUUACAUUCCUGAAAUGAGUCAACAAUCUUACACUGAUAGGUUCAGUAUUACACCAAGCACAGUGAACUCAGCAUAUCAGACUCAGCAAUCUUACACUGAUAGUUUCAGUAGCACACCAAGCACAGUGAACUCAGCAUCUCAGAGUCAACAAUCUUACACUGGUAGGUUCAGUAGCAGACCAAACACAGUGAACUCAGCGUAUCAGAGUCAACAGUUUUACACUGAUAGGUUCAGUAGCAAACCAAGCACAGUGAACUCAGCAUCUCAGACUCUACAAUCUUACACUGAUAAGUUCAGUAACAAACCAAGCACAGUGAACUCGGCAUCUCAGACUCUACAAUCUUACACUGAGAAGUUCAGUAACAAACCAAGCACAAUGAACUCAGCAUCUCAGACUCUACAAUCUUACAAUGGUAGGUUCAGUAUCAAACCGAGCACAGUGAACUCAGCAGCUCAGACUCAACAAUCUUACAAUGGUAGGUUCAGUAUCAAACCGAGCACAGUGAACUCAGCAGUUCAAACUCAACAAUCUUACAAUGGAAGGUUCAGUAUCAAACCGAGCACAGUGAACUCAGCAGCUCAGACUCAACAAUCUUACAAUGGUGGGCUCAGUAUCAAACCGAGCACAGUGAACUCAGCUUCCCAGACUCAACAAUCUUACAAUGGUAGGUUCAGUAUCAAACCGAGCACAGUGAACUCAGCAGCUCAGACUCAACAAUCUUACAAUGGUGAGCUCAGUAUCAAACCGAGCACAGUGAACUCAGCAGCUCAGACUCAACAAUCUUACAAUGGUGGGCUCAGUAUCAAACCGAGCACAGUGAACUCAGCUUCCCAGACUCAACAAUCUUACAAUGGUAGGUUCAGUAUCAAACCGAGCACAGUGAACUCAGCAGCUCAGACUCAACAAUCUUACAAUGGUGAGCUCAGUAUCAAACCGAGCACAGUGAACUCAGCAGCUCAGACUCAACAAUCUUACAAUGGUGGGCUCAGUAUCAAACCGAGCACAGUGAACUCAGCUUCCCAGAAUCAACAAUAUUACAAUGGUAGUUUCAGUAGCAAACCGAGCACAGUGAACUCAGCAUCCCUGACUCAACAAUCUUACAAUGGUGGGCUCAGUAUCAAACCGAGCACAGUGAACUCAGCUUCCCGGACUCAACAAUCUUACAAUGGUAGUUUCAGUAGCAAACCGAGCACAGUGAACUCAGCUUCCCGGACUCAACUGUUCAAACAGAAUCCUUGAUUGGUCUCUUAGGCUAAAACCUUUUUCAUCAUAACUUCGCAUACCUACCAACAGCAACAAUGACAAAGAGUUUUUUUUUUUAGUUUUUUUUUUUAAUGGUGGUAAAUGGAGGUCGAAGCAGAUGGAUAUGUUUCAUUUUAGGACUCAUUAGGAAUGUAAUUCUGUUGACCCAUAAUUCAAUGAGAGGUCUCUCUUAAUUCGUUGAACAGAAAGACAGUGAAUCUGAUAUUAGCUCUUUGCAUAUU